AUGGAUGUGAAUAUAACUAGGCGAAUAGAUAACACUACCAAGUCUUAUUGGAGCAAAGGCUGCCUCCAGGGUCACCCCGGCCAGAGAGUGUCGGUGGCAGCCAGUGAGGACAUCACGUUGGCUGCUUCUCCUCCCACCCAGCGAAUGGAGCGAUGGGUUAACCGCCCGCCUUGCAGGAAGAGACAAGGAGGGACGCUUCAUGCACGCAUCGAUGCCAGUGCUAAGCUUGCAUUACGCCGGCACCUACAUACAGCAGAGGACGGAGUACGCACCAUGAUCCCCCAAGGCAUCCAGAGCCAGCAAGUCGGUGGGAGCUGGACUACAAGUGAUCUCUCGUCUGGAAGAAUACUAUCCCCGUUCUCUCUGCCUACACACCCCCCGCGCCGUCGAGAGAAUGUUGUCCAGCCUCCUGCUCUCACGACGUCGUUGAGUGGGCUCCAGUUUCCAGGUCCCCCCGGCUUACCCUCUGCCGGCGGCCUCUCGUUCACUCCAGUAUCGAUGACUUCGCCAUACCUCUCAUCCGGUAUGCUGAGCGGUGUGACGGCUACCACGUCGCCCAUGGCCAUCUCCGCACGGCCACGGUCCUUUAACUCGCGCUAUAAUCCACAGGAAUGGGGACCCAUCUCUGGUGGUACAUCGCCCGUUGCCGCAACGGGGAUGGUACAUCAGGCCUCAGCUUCCUCGACUUCAGUGACAGCUUCUCCUCCGCCGCCUCCGUACUCGCCCCCCAGGGCAACCUUUCGGGGACAGCGACCCCAAUCUCCACAGGUUGGCUACCCAGUCGCCAGCAGUCCAAGUCCUAUAUCUGCGCCUAUUCAACAGGCAGCCCCUUCGCAGUCUCGUCAGAGAGAAUCUCCAGGGUAUCACUAUUCCGUUCCCCGCCCCGGCCCAUCACCCGUAAGUAGCCAUGAGCUUGAACAGUCACACCCUGACCGUCGGGCCUCUUUCAUGCCUUCCCGUUCAACGCACCCUCAACCCUCAGUAAACGAUGGCUCGUCUCGUCUGCAGAGCCAUUAUGGAGUGGGUUCUGUGAUUGGUAGCACCGAGCCGUCGUCGUCCGGCUCGUCUCAGACCGUUUUACAAUCCGUACCCCCAGCAUCAAGGAGAGCGGUGUCUACUGGUGACAUACCCCAAAACAGAAGAUCAAACAGGGCCAGCACGCAGGUAGAUGGCCAUUCCUCCUCAAGGGUCAGUAGAUGGGAGCCUGGGAUGCCGCUCCCGCCUCCUCCUCCAGGACCCCCUCCGGCGAACGCUCCACGAAGGACGUCCUUCUCAGCCCAGUCUGCUGUAGAGAGAAACGGCUCAUCACAGAGUAGAGAAGAGAGACUGCGAUCGGGCUCGGGUUCUGGCUCAUCGUCGAUAGAACCAAGUCUUCCAACCAUACCUGCAACUCCGCUUGGCUGGGUGCCUGACCAGGUUAACGCUUCAGCCGUGCCUGGACGGACAUCAGCAUCCCCCCAUGCGCAGCAAAGGUCGGUGCCUGCCUCUCCAAGCUUGUCCAACGCCGUGCCAAACCCCCGUCAUGAUGCGCCAACCCAGCCAGCACCGUCUUCCACCAGGGCCCCGAGUCAAAAAGGGAUUCGUGAGCGCCGCAUCCAAAGCAGGCAUAACAGAACUGAAAGCGGCGCUGCUGGACAGGAGUCAAAAGACGAAAGUAACGACAUGUCAUGGCCUACGGACCUCGUCCUCAAUUCCCCUACGUCAGGCGGCCUGGUUCGUCGUCGCACCCACACCAGGGCCACUCCCCGCAGUGCUCGUAGUAAUCCAGGAGAGGAGCCUCUACACAGCGCUAAAUCAGCCAGCUCGCCUUUCAGCAAUAAAAUAAAUAGCAUCAGCUCUCCAUACUCUGCCACACCUAGAUUGCAAACGUUUCCGCACGAGCCGUUGGCAAACCGGGGUCAAACUCCUCCAUUCUCUCCCGGAAGGGAGCAGAAAUCGCCAAUGCAGCAGCCUGAGUCGCUGAAUUUACCUCCUAAAGCCCUACCAACCCCUCCCCCAGCACAACAGCAGGAUGCGGCUUUGCUUGGGCUGGAGCCACGGAGUGCGGGCUCGGACAGGCCAAUAUCACACCUUUUACAUCUUCCUGUCGAUGUUUCGCCAUUGGAAGCACAGCCUCUUGUCCCAAGCAGGAUCCCUUCUCGGCGCCCCUCGCCCAAGGCCGCGCCCUAUACUCCUAUUGAUGGCAAAUUCAUCCAGGACGCUGAACGUCGAUAUCACGAAUACCUUAGGAAAGAGUCAGAAGCAACAAAUGCUACCGAUGCUCUGCAGGUAUUUUGCGGUUUUAUAAUUGCGGAAUCUGGUAUCCGUCGUCAGCAGUAUGGCUCGGAUUGGGGAGACUUGACUUUCGACCCCAAGACGGUUGUUGACAAGUUAUUCGACCUCACCAGGAACCCACUGAAGGCUGAAGCCAGGGAUAGGUCUGUUGGCCCAUCCGAGCCUCCACAGACUCCCUGUAGAACCACCCCCAAGAGACGGCCUUCUGUAAUUGAAUCCGGCAUUGGGAAUGGAUAUAAGCCAGCCUUGUCGCCUAUCGCGAGCAUGAGUAUGAGCAACGAGGAAAGCUCCCGAGGCCGAGCUCCUAGCCGGUGGUGGGAAUCCCAGACUGGCAGUGAUAGUGGAGAUGCCGGUGGUAAAGUGUCGCGCACGAAACGGGAAACAAAGUAUAUGGGUUUACCGCGAGAAAUGCGUGAAGCAAUGCAAAUGGACCAUUUGACCCCGACACAAACUGCCUAUGACCAGCAGUAUUCUGGUGAACAGAAUUCUUUUGCAAACUACGGGCCAGACGAAUACCCUCCGGAGAAAGUCAGCUGGAAUGAGCCUGAUACUCCCCGGCCUCCAGGACCCUCGCGUACGUUAUCGGCGAUCAAUCGUGAAGCUCGGAAGUUGGAUAUCUCAAGAUUAGUUACUCUACCUCCCCCCUACCCAAGGCACUAUCCGGGCGUAAAUAACAAUCACCCGGAUAUGGCAUUUUAUCGAACCACAGUCCGGACGAUAAGCGAUUUGUCUGAGGUCCACACCACCAAAGCGAGUUACGAAAAGAAAAUAAAAGCCCUUCGUGAGAAACACCAGAAGGAGUCUCAGGAGGAACUUCGCGGGUUCAGGGCACGGGUGAAUCAGGGUAUCGAAACUGGCGCAAUAUCUUAUGCCGAAGCAGCCGAUGCAGAGGCCGGUCGACAGGCACAGGCAGAUGAGAAAGAGCGUGACAUAGUUCAGAGCGAGUUUGAUAUGUAUCAGGUCGAUGUUCUGGAGCCGAUGCAGAGCAUCUUGAAGGAUAGAAUCAAGAUUGCCACCGCCUGCAUCGAUGAGCUGCGAGGGAAACUCUUCGAUUCAGCACAGCAUCAAACGCCUGACCAGACGCAGGAGGAAGGUGACGAGGAGCCGGAGCUGGUAGAGAAGUUGACACAGCUCAAGUGGCUAUUCGAAGGCCGCGAGAACCUGUUUCGCGAGGAGUACGAUAUCCUGAGUGAGCGCAAUGAACACUUCAGGGCCGUGGUAUCUCUACCAUACCGCCAGGCCAACAAUACCGAAAAGCUCACAGAAACUGACAACUUCUUCAUCCGUGAUGCACAAGAUCGAAAACUAGCCUUCGUAGCGGGGACUCUUAAACGCUUCGAGACGUUCAUGGACGUCAUCGAAGCAAACGUCAGCCGAGGCGUCGAAACUCAACUCUCUGCCUUUUGGGACAUCGCUCCCCCCAUCGUAACAAUCCUGCAGGAAAUCCCCCAGAGCCUUGAAGGAUUCUCCGUUCGCAUUCCACAGAAGGAAUAUGACGAGAACCCAAGCUAUUACCAGUUCCCGCUGCAAUACCUUUACUCGCUGGUCACCCAUGCCGGAAAAUCAACGUACCAGUUCAUCGAGUCUCAGACAAACCUCCUCUGCCUCCUGCAUGAGAUCAAGUUCGGCCUGAUGAACGCCAACUGCAAGUUUAUGGAGGUCCAGCGGAUUAUAUCCGGUGAGGCAGAGGAGGAUGUACGCCUUGAGAUGCACGAGUCUCGGUCCGAAGAAGAGAGGAUCCUGACUCUGGACCUGAAGGAGAAGGUCGGCAUGGUCGAAGGCCAGUGGGCUGAAGCCUUAGGCCAGCAGUUGGAUGGCGUCAAGGAACGUGUCCGCCACCGCCUUGCCAGUGAAGGUGGAUGGGAAGAAAUGGAGCAGAUGGAACAAACUUGA